AUGAAGCGUGUUUUCGAAGCCUUUGAAAUACCAACGCCCAAGCUGGUAAUCAGGCUCAUACAGUCCACCGGCGGUGUUGACUGGACAAGAUCUCGGAUUCGGGCCGGCAUCAAUUUGCAAUAUCCGUAUCCCGGUGGUGAAGAGGAAGCUUUGCAAGCCGAGCGGAAUUUGUACCACUUUAUGGAGGAAGUCCUGCUGCCACUUGCAGCUGAGACGAACGCGUUAAUCCUUGUGCAGGCCACCGUGGGAAGCUGCAUGUUGACAUCGGCUCUUGGACAGGCUCUGGACCUUCAUCGCAAUCGAUUUGGUGAGCGACCCCCCUUUGCUGUCACGGCCUUGACUUCUGACUUUGACAAACUUUACAACAAUGAGAACCCUUCAGCGAAAUGGAGGGACUUUGCAAAAGUCGUCAGCAGCUGGCGGCGGAGGCACCGAGGUGUGCUGCAAGACUUCUUCAAGCGGCAUGGGGGCAGAGACUCGAUCGCAUACGACAUGAGCGACGCCUUCUCUCAAUACAUCGUGUGCGACGGAGUCAACGAACAUGAUGGCCGAAUGGAUUUCAAUCCGUUUACAGCUUUCAACUCUGCCCUUCUCCAGCACUUGAUGCAGCAGGUGCCUUGCAUUGCCAUCAGAACUGGUCACACGGACCUUGUUGAAGGUGAUGAGGUGUCACUCGGGAACAUCGUUGCGUGCCUUGAAAGCGGCUGCCCGACCAUAAUGGUAAACCUGCGCCAGUGGCCGUCAAGUCUGAUGCUGCCAGAUGUCCAACAAACGUACCAGGAAUUCUUAGACACCAUAGGCGGGCGUUGGGACUAUCUUGAUUGCAUGGUUAUCUGCUUGAUCCUGCGGGCCUGGGAGAAUUCUCGGAAAGCACUGGAGCAGAAGCUGGUGGAGCAACACGUGCCUUCGGGCGCUCGCAAAACCCGACAAUCUGCAGAAGACUUGAGCAUGCUUGCUGUGAUGGCUGAAGCCCCCUUCCGCAACCAACUCGCGGAGCUGCUGCAGUGGUACAGCCGCCUGUUCACCGAGGCACAGGACAGGGCCCUUGGGAGCUCCGAGUGGCAGAGUGUGGACCGGCAGCAUCAGCGUGCGUUGCAGAUGUCGGCUGUGGUAAAGAACGAGCAUCUGCAUGUUGCAGAUGCUUUUGACAUUGAUGGCAUCUGGCAGCUUGUUAGAGAGUUGGUUCGUCUAGAUCGGCUGCCGAAGCAGGAGGAGCCCGAGGGCAUCGAUUUACUGGAGCAGGCAUGGUGUGAGUAUGAUGCGAAGAACUACCUGGCGGGAGUCUACAAGGUCUACAGCAAGUUGAGCUAUGUUGGCCUUCUGCUCCUCAGUGCUCUCACCGUCGCGCUCACGGUUCUUCCCCAGGAGUGGUUCCUUGAAGUUCAGGUUGAUGAGCAGGGGAUCGUCUUCAUUGUAACGCUUCUGGUGGGCGCAGCUACCACUGUGACUACGAUCAUGAACCCAACUCAGCGGUGGAGGGUGCUUCGAAGCAAGUCUGCAUUUCUUCUGAGCACCAUCUGGCGCUACAGAACUCGCACAAAAGAGUUUAGCACCUGGCAGCCUGGGCAGAAGCCUCGGCAAGCUUUUUGCCAGCGUUUCCUUCAGUGGAAGGCCGAGUUAGCAGAGGGGACAAACCUGCUGGAGAGCACCAUGGAGAAAGCCUACCCGGAGUGGGUUUACAAGCACCUCCGUGCGCUCACUUCAAAGGGUCCUGCUAGUGCGGAUGCUGACGAUGACGACUUUUACACACCAGUUCCACCAGCCAAGUACGUCCUCUUCAGGCUGCAGCCUGCCAUAGACUUCUACCAGGCAAGAAUCCCGUGGAUGGCCCGCAGACGCCGAUUGCUGCAGCUGUGCAUCAUUGCUUGCUCACUAUGCUCGUCGAUAUUGAGUCACUUCAAGCAGGGUACCUGGAUGCCCCUGGUCGCUAGCUUCUACAGUUCCCUGUGCGCCUGGCAAGAGUUUGCAGGGCUGGACCAGAAGUUGCGGAGAUAUACGGAGGCAGUGCAAGCUCUCAAAGGCCUUCAGUCCUGGUGGGUCAGCCUGACGGAGGUGGAGCGGGCCUCGCCUCUGUGCAUCAACCGCCUGGUGGAGAGCGUCGAAGAGUUUCACCUCAAAGAGCAAACCCUAAACCCUAAACCCUAG